GGGACUCGAACCCGCGCCCCGCCCCGGCCCGCCCCUCGCCCUCUGCCCUUCCCCGCCGCCAUGCCGGGCCUCCGCCGCCUCCUGCCGCUGCUGCUGCUGCUGCUCGCCGCGCUCUGCCCGCCCGCCCGCAGCCUCCGCCAUGGCCCCUCCAAGAUCGCCGUGGUGGGCGGCGGGAUCGGCGGCUCGGCCGCCGCGUAUUUCCUGCGGCAGAAGUUCGGCGGCAGCGUGCAGCUGCACGUGCUGGAGAAGGCAGCGCUGGGCGGGCGGCUGCACACGCUGGACGUGGAGGGGGCCAGCUACGAGGCAGGGGGGUCUGUGAUCCACCCCCUCAACCUGCACAUGAAGCAUUUUGUCAAGGAGCUGGGCCUCUCGGACACCACACUCCAGGGCGGCCUCUCAGGUGUGUACAACGGGGAGGAAUUUGUGUUUGAGGAGAGCAGCUGGUCCUUCAUCAACCGCCCCAAGCAGCUCUGGCACUACGGCCUCAACCCCCUGCGCAUGUCCAUGUGGGUGGAGGACAUCCUGGACAAGUUCAUGAGGAUCUACCGGUACCAGAUGCACGACUACGCCUUCAGCAGCAACGAGCGCCUGCUGCACGCCCUGGGAGGCGACGACUUCACGCGGCUGCUGAACCAGAGCAUCGACGAGGCCAUGCAGAGAGCAGGGUUCUCCCAGAAAUUCAUCAACCAGGUGGUGUGUCCAGUCAUGAGGUUUGCUUAUGGCCAAGGCGUCGGCGUCAACGGCUUUGUGGGUGCUCUCUCUAUGGGCUGGUUGCAGUCGGGCCUUUGGUCUGUGAAAGGGGGGAACAAACUCGUGUGCUCCGGCCUCAUUGACUCCUCCAAGGCCGAGGUUAUCCCGGGAACAGUCGUGGCCAUCGAGCCAAAAACCAGACACACGCGUGGCGGGGACCCGGUGCAGCUCUACGAGGUCACCUACAACACGUCCUCGGGGCUGACAGGGGACACCUAUGACAUCGUCGUCAUCGCGGCCCCGCUCGGCCGCAAGAUGGCCAACAUCACCUUCCGGAACUUCGACCCUCCCAUCCCGGAAUUCCCAAAUCCCUUCCAAAAGAUCUUCACCACCUUGGUGCAUGGGCGCUUGAACACUUCCUUCUUUGGCUACCAGGACCCCCAGGCCUUUCACUUAGGGGCCAUUUUCACCACGGACAACCCCAAACUGUUCAUCAACAGCCUGAACCUGGAGCCCCCCGUGGGGGACGCGGGCACGGGCGGGAAGCUGCCGUUGCUGUCGGUCGUCUGGAAGGUGUUUUCCAAUGAAGAGCUGACCAAGGAGCAGCUCAGUUUGCUCUUCUCCUCCUACGACUCGGUGAAGGUGAAGCCGUGGCUGGCGUAUCCCCAGUACAGCGCUCCCGAGAAGUUUCCUCCCCUCGUCCUGCACGAGCAGCUCUACUACCUGAACGGGCUGGAGCGCGCCGCCAGCGCCAUGGAGAUGAGCGCCAUCGCCGCCCGCAACGCCGCCCUGCUCGCCUUCCACCGCUGGCACGGCCACAGCGCCAGCGUCGACCAGGAGGACCUGCACAAGAAGCUCAAGACGGAGCUCUGACACCCCCAGGGCCUAAUUAGCACUGAUGAACGCUGUGCUUUGUGCCUCCUUGAGGUGUUUAGUAGGAUCGUGGGAUCUUUAGGGUUGGAAGGAUCAUCAAGAUGCUGUAAUUAACUCUAAUGAACUCCAUACUUCGCCCCUCCAAGGAGAUGUUUUGCAGGAUCAUGGGAUCCUUAUGGUUGGAAGAUCUUCAAGGUCAUCAUGACCUUCAAGAACAUCAAGGCCUUCAGGAUGCAUUCAUUAACUCUAAUGAACUCCCUACUUCACCCCUCCAAGACGGUGUUUCAUAGGAUCAGGGGAUCCUUAAGAUUGGAUGAGUUUCAAGAACUUUAAGACCAUCAAGGACAUCAAAAUCUUCAAGACCUUCAGGAUCACCAAGAUCUUCAAGGUCCCCCAGAUCAUCAAGACCUUCAAGGCCAUUAGGAUCUUCAAGAGCCUCAAGAACAUCAAGAUCAUCAAGACCCUCAAAGUUGUUAAGCCCCUCAAGUCCAACCUUCAGCCCAACCGCGUUCACCAUUAGCGAUCUCCUCAAGCGCCGCGUCCUUGCGUUGUCUGGACACUUCCAAGGGUUGAUGACUCCAGCACAAGCUAGGCUGGACAACCCUUCCUUCCAUGACAAAAUUCUUCCCAGUGUCUCAUCCUGACGUUCCCCAGCGCCACCUGGAAGCUGCGUGGCCAGCUUGGGAGGAUCAGGAGCGGUGACGCGUUCCCAAGUAAGCCGGGACAUUUUCCCCAAGCUCCGUGAUUUAUCAUCCCUGUCUGAGAUGGGGGAAUUCAUUCAAAGUGCCAGAUUGACCCCAAAAGUGCCCUCCAGCUGGGAAUAUCGACUCCCUGGCUGUCCAUCCCUCCGCCCCAACUUUUCCUGCCAAGGAAUAAUUCCUCAGGGUGGAAAUUGGGGGGAAUGGGGUGCUGGGAGCUGCCAAAACGGGUGGGAAAGAGGAAAAACCACCAAUAUCCAUCGCUGUGGUCAGGUGUGAAAGAGUUAAUAAAGAAUUUAACAACUUA